GAGAUCUCUAUAUUUAGUGAUUAUGUUUCUUGCCUGACAAGUCUCUAUCUGCUGCUGGAGUUUCCUCUUCUGCACCUCGUCGAUUCAAUCAAUCGCUUGACGUCUUCACAGAUGAUGACCACACUUGCCUAAAGAUCAUAGAGAAGAAUCUUUGAUACUGUUUCUACAUGGAGGUUGGGUUGCGGUUGCUUCUUAGUCCACUUGGUUCUAACAUUGUUGUUCGAACAGCAUGCUGUUCUGUAGGUGUUGUUUUACCUGUUUAUUCUACAUUUAGUGCAAUUGAACGAAGGGAUCAAGAGGAGCAAAAAAAAUGGCUCAUGUACUGGGCAGCUUAUGGAUCUUUUAGUAUGGUAGAAUUGUUCACGGAUAAGCUUCUUCACUGGUUUCCACUAUACUAUUAUACCAAGUUUGCAUUUCUUGUUUGGCUUCAACUUCCAUCUAUUAAUGGUGCAAAGCAAGUGUAUAUGAAUCAUCUUCGGCCUUUCCUAUUGGAGCAUCAGGCUAGGCUUGACCAAAUUGUUGGAUUUUUAUAUGGGGAAAUGUCUAGGUUGGUCAGUCAAUAUCAGGAGGAAUUCGUGUUUGUGAAGACAAUUCUAAUGAAGAUUUUAGCGCCUGGUAAAGAUAACACUCGCCCAGAACAAAGGCAAGCAAGUGCUGCAAUUGAAGGAGCAAAUAGAGAGGACGAAUCAGAAUCCGAGGAUGAUGAAUGAUUGAUUAAGGAGUUGUCAAUCAAACUUAGCCAAGUAGUUAAAUUUUUUUACAGCCAACUGAAUGGAUAGAUGAGGUGAAAAAUAAUUCAGUACAAAGUGCAGAGAUCCUGAUGAAUUAUUAUUCUAAUGUUCUACCCAGCCACAUGUCUUUAUACUAGUUAGUUUAUUUUGCCAAGUGAAAUUAGGUAGGUAUAGUUUCCAUGUAAAAUUUCCCUUUACUUUACUACGAUAAAACAAUCAAUAUAAAUAUAAAUAUUUGAUUUUGGAAGUGGCAA